GGAGGGCUGGAAGCUGAGCCAGCCUCCCCAGCCUCCCCCUGGAGCCUCAGAGCCUCAGCGGGAGCCCUCCGUCCACACUGCAGCUUUCUGGUGACCAGGGUAAAUAUUACCUGGUACUGUUAAUGUUUAAUGCCCCCACGUCGUCCCCGGCCACCACACGGCAGACGUUCUCCCCAAAGCAGAGGCAGCAGGAAAAGGGUAGUGGGGACAGGCCCCCGCUGGCUGGGGAAAUGGCAGUGUUGGCAACGACAGACGACGGUGGCAGCCCCAAGGGGGACGUGGACCCAUUCUACUAUGACUAUGAGACUGUCCGGAACGGGGGCCUGAUCUUCGCUGGCCUGGCCUUCGUCGUGGGACUGAUCAUCCUACUCAGCAGAAGAUUCCGCUGUGGGGGCAACAGGAAGCCUCGGCAAGUCAGUGAGGACAUGCUGUAGCGAGAGGGUCUGCUGUGCCCAUCACGGCCGGGGGGCUGGCUAGGAGGCCAAGGAUGCCCCAUCUUCCCUGGGCUGUUGACCUUUGUCCCUGCACUGCCGGCUCACAGGCUGGAGGAAGCGCCAGGCUCGGUGUGAUUCCUGCAUGGGCGACUGUGUCACCGCCUCCUGCCUCCUGCUGCCCCCACGCCUCUUCCCUCACCUCCCCCCACCCUUCCAUCCCAUAACUACCAC